AUGGCUCCUCCAGAUGUCAAUCCGAAGUUAUCGAAUCAUCUUAGUCCUAGUACAUGUACCGAACCCAAAUCUUAUCCGACUCUUCAACCCAAACCGAGCUCAAAAACCCUCUUCUUCCCCGUCAUCGAGACAGGUCAUGCUACACCUGCUCCCCUUAGUGGAUCAUCCGAUCUGCUUUCUCUCUUCAACGUCACUUACAUGUACGAUAAAUUUGUUCGACCAUAUUUGAAACCGACAGACACAGUUGGAACAAAUCUGGUCAAUGUAACAAGUCAUAGUGAUUUGAAAGGAAAAGGAAAAGCAGAUGUAGUUAUCAAUGGAAAUGGACUACCAUCAGAUAGUUCAAUUCCAAAACGAAUGAAAAUGGAAAAAUCUUAUGGUCAUUUUGUAGCUGAUAUUGGUGGACGAAAUUCGAUUAAAAAAGAUCAUCAACUUUCGACUUGGAUUAUGGAUCCUAAUUUUCAAGAAUCAUCUAUACCUAAUUUUUAAAACCUCCUUCAACUGAAACUUUAGCUCAAGCUUUUACUCUUCAGUCUGGUUCAUCCUUCAACCCAACCAAGAAGGAAUUUAGAGAAUGGAAUUCAUUCCAAUCAUCCAAACCUUUCAAAAGAAGAAGAUCAUCGAAAAAAGAAACGUACAAAACUUUCGAAUGGAAGUUUACCUAAUUGAAUCCUUUUCAUAGAAAAAAUGAUUCAGAUGAUUUAAUCUUUUUCUUUUUUGUUUGGGGGACGGGUUUUUGGUGAAUUCGAUUUGAUUUGAUUAGUUUUUUUAGUUUUUUUUGUGAAUUUGUUGGAAUUGAGAUGAAAGAGAGAUACAAGAUCGGAUUCAAGAAGAUUGGAUUAGGAGUUAUAUUUUGAUUAUGGAUCGAUUUAUGAGGUUUGAUUUGGUUUUUGUUUUGGAUAAUCAUAUCUUUAGUGAUGAAAGAUUUAAGAUUUAAGGUGAUUUCACUUA